CUGACAGCGCUUCCCAGAGCUUUAUAAACGCCCAGCACUGGUCUGACAGCCGAGCCCUAUACACAGGGUGCAUAGAGCCUACUGCACACGGACUUACUAGCUUGUUGCAGACACAAACUUUACAGGGGCGCAGUCAGCUGCUUUCAUUGUCGCCCAAAGUGACACCAGACAGGUGAGAACGAUAAAUAGCAGAUCUGAGAGUGGCGCGCGCAUUAUGAGAUACGAGCCAUGGAUAACAUUGAAGAAGAACUAACGUGUUCAAUUUGCUACAGUAUAUUUGAAGAUCCUCGGAUUCUGCCUUGCUCACAUACUUUUUGUAGAAACUGUCUUGAAAGUGUCAUUAAUUCUUCAGAAAAUUACUUAUGGAGACCAUCCAUGCUUCGACUCACAUGCCCAUCUUGCAGGGGUAUUGCUGAACUCUCUGCAACUGGCAUCCGUGGUUUGCCUGUCAACUUUGCACUGAAAUCAAUUAUUGAAAAAUACAACCCCAAUGAUCACUGCGGCACAACAAAGUGCCCAGAGCACCCCAAACAACCAUUAAAUGUGUUUUGCCUGAAAGAUAGAACAUUAGUUUGUGGCCAUUGUCUUACAGUAGGGCAUCAUACAGGCCAUCCUAUUGAUGAUCUGCAAAGUGCCUAUAUAAAGGAAAAGGAAACUGCCUGUAAGCUGUUAGAGACAUUAAGUGAUAAAAAUUUCACAGGUGUCUCCUGUGUGAUUAAAAAGCUAGAAGAACAAAUGGCUUACAGUAAACGAGUUGUUCAGGAUGACAAGAACGAGGUGUUGAAAUAUUUUGAUAAGUUAAAUGAGUCUUUGGAGAAAAAGAAGCAAAAUAUUCUAGCUGUUCUUAAUGAUGUCAAUCAACAAAUUGUUGAUCUUUACAGUCCACUAAUAGAGAGAAUGAAACAAGUCCAAGAUGAAGAAAUAGAUGUAAUUUCUCUGUGUCGGUCCACCCAAGAAGAUGAAUCACCGUUGACUUUUCUUGAAAAUAUUCACAACAUCCAUCAAAGAAUGCAGGCUUUGAAAAAACAGCAACUUGUUAAAGUUCAUCCUGUUGUCAUUCACCCUAGAAUAGGACAAUUUUUAAAGGAUAAAUUGUUAAAAACUAAUGUUGGAGAUUUAGAUAUGCUGACAAUACCACCAGUUCAAAUUCACUUUAAAAAGGACACGGGAAAUACAAAAACAAACAAAUUUCCAUAUUUUUUACCUUUAUGUUUAUUUUUUAUACUCAUGGUAGUGUUUAUUGUAUUGUGCAACCAGGACAUAGAACUUCUUUUUAAAGCAGGUUAUUGUUCAUAUAUCUCUAAACGUAUGCAACUAGUUGUGAAUUGCUUAUGUGAUAACAUGUAUACUGUAAAAACAGCCUUUUACAAGGUCUUGUGUAUAAUACAAGAAUUCAUCAUGCAGUAUUUCACUUAACAGAUUUGAGAUCAUUUUUAAGAUAUAACAAUAAAUGUGUAUGUGAGAA